AUGGCUCCCUUAUCCAUUACGAGCCCGUUGCCCGUAGCCCAAUGUUACAUGGCCAACCAGCCCUCCCAGGACAUCAAGGAUCAUCAGCUCUCCCAACCUAUCCACCUCUUAGCACCGUACCCAACAUUGUGGAGAUACAACUUUGCCGAAAGGACGGUCCCUCGGCUUUCACUCCUGGUGCAACAAGCUACUACCAGGAGAUACGGGGAGUACGACCAAGGGCUCGACACUAUCCCUAGCUCAGGUGGCGUGGUUCCAGGAGCGGACACUGUCUAUGUGUACUUUUUCACACCUUAUCCGAUCUUUUCGCUCAACUCUUUAUAG